AUCGUCAUUAUCAACAUCGCAAUGCCUCGUCCAACUGCUCUUCUCCUCGGCAGAAUCGACCAUGCUCGCAAGGAAUGGGAAUCUCUGUCCGAAAUAGCGGAGCUCAGGGUUUGCUUCCCUUCCCCCUUUUGUCUUCCUCAUGUCUUUCUUGCUGGAGAGGUUUCUGACGGGGGUCUCGGUUAGGAAAUCGUUUCUGGCACAAGGGAGUCUGUGAUGCAGGAUUUUAAGGAUGGGAAAUACGAUGGUGUUGUAGCGAUUUACAGAACCUAUGAUUCUGCUAAAGUGAGACCUUCAUGAACCCUGUAUUGCUGCUUAAGCUAAGGAGGAUAGAUCACCGGCCGCUUCGACAACGACUUUGUCUCUCAACUACCCUCUAGCGUGAAAUUCCUCUGCCAUAAUGGGGCCGGAUACGAUCAGAUUGACAUUGAGCCGUGUACAGCUCGCGGUAUUUCACUCCACCCUCGCUCACUCCCCCCAUUGGCCCGUCCUGCUGACCCUUCUCCAGGUAUCCUCGUAGCCCACACCCCAGGAGCCGUCAACAACGCCACAGCUAACGUCGCAAUGAUGCUGAUCCUGCAAGCCCUGCGCAAGACGUACAUCGCCGAGACCUCUCUCCGCAAUGGCACCUGGCGCGGUCAACUCCCCCUCGGCCACGACCCGGACGGCAAAGUCCUCGGCAUCCUCGGCUUGGGUGGGAUCGGCGUGGCCCUGUCCACCCGCGCCAAGGCCUUCGGCAUGAGGUUGAUAUACCACAACAGGCGAGAGGCGGCGUACAACCCCGCCGGGGCAGAGUACGUGGCGGACCUCGCGCAGUUCUUGGGCAGGUGCGAUGUCCUGAGCAUUCACCUGCCGUUGGCGGAGGCGACGAGGCAUUAUCUUGGGAAGAAGGAGUUGCUGGGGUUGAAGAAGGGUGCAGUGCUGGUCAAUACUGCGCGCGGGGCGGUCAUUGACGAGGCGGCAUUGGCGGAAGUGCUCGAGGCUGGUCAUCUGGGGAGCGUGGGGUUAGAUGUUUACGAGGAGGAGCCAAAAAUUCAUGAGGGGCUUACUGGGAGGGAGGAUGCGGUGCUGUUUCCGCACAUUGGGACUUUUACCGUUGAGACGCAGGCAAGCUACCCCUCAUUCCUCGAAAUACCCCGGGAGCUAAUUAGGAUGGGUUAGAAAAAUAUGGAGGUUUUGGUCAUCGACAACAUCCGCUCUGCCUUGAACAGGGGAAGGCUACUCACGGUUGUUCCGGAACAGAAGGGGAAAGAGGCGGAAGUGCAGAGUAACCUCCCCUCGAAACUCUGAGUGAUGGGUCCUGUGGUAACAAAGCUCUCACUCGAUAGAAAGUAGAUAGACCAUUUCGACGGAACAGGCGUUUCUGGGUUAUAAAGUAUACAGGAGGGGCACACCUUGUGUUAGCGCUCAGAUAAGAGUAG